CUCACCCCGAUGUGUCAACUUCAUAGCGUUCUCCAUGCUGUACAUACAAGGACCCGACAACACCUAUUGUUUCACAGAGAACGGAUAUACAGUCCGAUUGGGAGAUGUUUGAGUCCAAGUGCUUCGCUUUUGGGCACUGCUAUGUGUGCUUUGGCGGCAUGCGGAGAUCCAAGCUCAUCUUGCUCCAGGUCCUGACUCUGAGUCAGUACCUCUGGGCCCAGGAGGACCUAACGGCCAUGUCGCCACAGGACUGCAGUCUGGAAUGUGUCCUGCAGGGGGGUCCAGGAUGUGUAUACUGCAGAAUCAGCAGAGAAGAUGUUGGAAGAACUCUAGGCGUUCCCUCUGUCGAGGCUUUUGGAAGUUGUGUUCCGUGGCCAUGUGUAGUCUUUCUGGGUGGACAGAGCUCUGUGUGCCAGCAUUAUGUCCAUGCUCCACACGAUGUGACUGUAGAGUUCGUAGCUGAUGACAACACUAAAUAUGACACUGUCGUUGUCUCCUGGCAACCCAGCCAGUUUGGGAUCUCCUUCCUCAGAGGGUUCCAGGUCUCCCUUCAGGCCUUGGGAGGAUCUCAUAUGGCCUGUCAGCUUUUUCUCUUUCAAAUCAAUAUUUCUCUCUCUGCCUCACACGCCCAAACGGUGUACCAGUCAGACACCUUCUCCCGUCUAAUCCUGGGGGCCCAGUAUGCUGUCACUGUGAUGGCCCUGCCAGUUCCUGAGUUGUGGGAUAAAUUCUAUCACAGCACAAUGUUCUCCACACGCACAUGCCCAGAGAAAAACGGACUUGAACAUUGCAAGAAAGAUUGGUACCCAAAACAUAUAGAAGUUCAGCAGGAAGAGCAUGACGUUAUUGUGACGUUCAACCUUGCUCCCCCACAUUUUGCAAUCAACCGCUACUUCUCAUUAUGUUAUGGAGAGGGGCGGCGCGGAGGAGGGGGCCUGAAGAGAUACAUCAUUAAACCUAAUUCCACAAAAAACAGAACUCACUACAGUUAUCAUCUCCAAGGCCUGAUGGGAGGGUUCAACUACACGUGUGAGAUUGCAGUUGAUGAGGUAGACGCUGUAAGAAAAACAUUCAAUGUUCAAGUGAUGCAGAUUAAGCAAGAGCCACCUCCCACGGCCACUCCAUCCCUGACCCUGCUGCUCCCUCUUGGCGUUGCCCUGGCAGCCGUGUUAGUGGUGGUAUUACUGGCUGUUGUCUGGAAGAAUCCCAGGCAGAUGAGGAGGAAGACAGAGAUAAAUCCAGAAAUAAUCGAGCAACAUCAUGACAAGAAAGGGAACGAGGAACAUGUGUCACUGACCAGCAGGUUAACUCCGCCUCGACUACUGAUUUGCUACAGCAGCGAUGACGGCCAUGCGCAUGUCCGAGCUGUAAUGCAACUAGCAGUCUUCCUGCAGCAGCACAUGGCAACACAGGUGUUUCUGGACCUGUGGGAUUCUCUAAGCUUGGCAGAGGAGGGGAUCAUGGGAUGGCACUGCAGGAGGAUCCAGGAGAGUGACUUUGUUCUGGUCAUCUGUUCCCGGGGACUACAGAGGCGUCCAACGGAGAGAGAUGCGGGGGAAAGCAGAAGCACCACUGCAGCCGUAGUAUCCCUGAUGGGGGAAGAGCUUGGCCGUGCCAAAGCCAAGGGGAGAGACAUCUCCAAGUACAUGGCUGCUAUAUUUGAGUACUCUGAGGAGAAGGACAUCCCUGCCGAGCUGGGGUUUGUGUCACGCUACACCCUACCGAGAGACUUGCCUCUGCUCUUCUCCCACAUCCAUGGUGUGGCCCUACAUAAGCCCGGGAAGUAUCUGAGAAUAGAACACAUUACAGAGGAGGGUUACACAAAACUGCCAGCCGGUGCUGCUCUACAAUGGUCUAUAUAUGAAGCUGGCAUGGCAUUGACUAAUCAUCAGGAAUCAUGUGAUGAAUGGGGAGGUAAAUGUCAAGACAAUCAUGUGGAAUGUAUUUGAGCAUCCCAGUUGGGCCCUGCACUGCAAACUCCGGGACAAUUGACAUAUGACAACUGUAUUACCAGUAUUAUUAAAGCACUUCUUUCCAAAGUGAUCCUCGAUGGGGAACUAUUCUGUGACUACUGAGCCGGGAUAAGCUUUUAAAAAUGUCCUUGCUUAUACAAUACGUUAGGAGGAAUAUAUUAUUGGUGUGUUAUGUGUGCUGUGGUUAGGGUUGGCCAUGGGCUAUGGUGGAUCAUUUUAGAUUCCCUACAAAUAAUCUGAGAAUAACAUCAGACACAAUCUAUACAUUUUCAUGAGAUGUUUUGGGAAUUACCACACUAACAUAUCACACAAGCAAACACCUGAGGCUAUCCAGAUCUCUACACCGCUGACGUAGAUGGAGAAUUAUUUUUGAAAUGGGGAAAUAUAGGCUGAAGAAAUUCUGAUUGUGAACAUGUUUGAUGCCAUGCGAUUUUAAUUAACUAAAUAUAAAAUCCAGAUGUAUUUUCUUCUGGUACUGAUAAUAUUUAUUUACAUGAAUUAUAUUUAUGUAGAAUGCUAUAGCCUGAACAGCCGCUAGUGGUCGCAGUUUACCUGUCUAUUUACCUGUCUCACAAUCUGCAGGCUAGGAUAUAAACUAAGAGAGAAUAUAAACUAAUUUGACAGUCAUUUCAUUGUCCAGAAAAAAGUAUGAAUCAAAUUAAUAUAGUUUUUUAUUUGCAAUAGGCUACAUUUUAUGUUAUUUCAUAUGUUAUUUAAAUGAAGAAAGCUGCGGAAUGGGAAACAGGAUUGAUUGCCUUGACAGAUGAAUAGGUUUUCUCAUCUCCGUUCUGCUAGCAGCAGGAAGUUAUGCUGGAUUUUUUUUCUCUUAAAAUAAGAGUCCCCCUGCAAAGACACUAAACAUUAGGAAAAUCGAUUUUCGAAGCACCCUAGUGCAGUGAAACGUGUUGCACAGCGUUGCAACAAUCUUGAAAAAAUAGAUAUAUCAGCAUUAUUAUUUGGAAAGUUUACACGAAUACUGCUAUGUUCAACUCUAUUUAAAUAGAGGGGUAUGACGUG